AUGUCACUGCUCGGUUUGCCUUCCGAAUUACUACUUGUCGUUGCAGAUUUUCUGGUGGCCGAGGGAGACAUUAACCCAUUGGCUCAAGCCAACCGCUGCGCUUAUUCUCUACUAAAUCCGUACCUGUAUCGACGCAAUUCGGUGGGUUCCGGAAGCUCGGCUCUAUUAUGGGCAGCCCGUCAGGGUCGGGAGGAGACAGCUCGAAUAUGUAUUUCUGAAAGAGCAAAUGUUGGGGUGAUCGAUGGCGUUGCCAGAACGCCGUUGUCGCGCGCGGCUGGGAAUGGGCACGAGGGGGUGGUGAGGCUUAUGCUAGCAACUGGGAGAGUUGAUGUCGAUUCCAAGGACUUAGAAGGUCGCAGUCCGCUGUCUCAUGCUGCCGGUAAUGGCCACGAAGGGGUUGUAAAGCUGUUAUUAACAACAGGGAAGGUGGAUGUCGACGGAAGGGACGACCUCAAUACCACACCGUUUUCUCACGCUGCCGGAAACGGCCACGAGAGGGUAGUGAGCCUGUUAUUAACAACAGGGAUAGUGGAUAUCAAUGCAGAAGAUAACUUCAACAUCACACCGUUAUCAGAAGCUGCGCGCAAUGGCCACGAAGGGGUAGUGAGGCUGCUACUAGCGACCGGGAGGGUGGAUGUUCACACAAAAAACGCAAAAGGUCGUAUUCCGUUGUCUCGCGCUGCCAGCAGGGGCCAUGAGGGAGUGGUGAGCCUGUUACUAUCGACUGGGAGAUUGGAUACGUACUGGAGUCGAAAUGUCGUAGACCGUUGUCUCGCGCUACUCGGAGGGGUUUGGAAGUAG